AUGUAUCAUAAGUCUCACUAUGAAUGAGGGCAGCGCAACAUUUGUUAGCAAGUCGCUAAAAUUAACAAAACCGGAAGGAAUGUAGCUUGCUCUUUAGAUAGCUUAGCUGUCGUGAGCUAAUUAGCAAGAUAGCUUUUUGCUGUAUUACUGACAUUACCGUUUGGAUAAGUCGUCUCAACUCUUACUGUUUGAUGUCUGUGACCUUUUAGGAAACAACGUGACACUUUGCGAUAAACAAUUCGUGCUAGCUUAGUAGACUUGGCAUAUCUGAAAACAAAUAAAAGCAGGUCGUUCAAAGCUCUGAGAGGACCCAUCUAAAAUGAAAGGGAAGCUCAGUCUCUCCCGACACUCCAAGCAGAUGACUGACAUCAGGUUUUGCUCGGAGAGAGAAACACAUCCAGAUUCCCUGGCCCAUAGCGGCACCUCUGUGUCGUUAGACGAUGGCUUGAAACAUUCCAGGGGUCUGCAGGCUGUUGCUUCACAGCAAAAAAGGCACUUUAGUUUCACCCAGCACAAUAGCAAUUUCCUCAAGUUUUUGAAUGAGGACAGACAGCAGCCAUCAUCAUUUUGUGACCUGGACAUCGUUGUCAAUGGCAAACAGUACAGUGCACAUAAAGUGGUUGUGGCUUUUGGGAGCAGGUACUUUUAUGGCCAACUGACUGCCAACCCUGAAACCAGUCACAUGACUCUUGAUCGGGUUGAUGACUCGGUGUUUCAGCACUUGCUCCGGUUUUUGUACACAUCAGAGUUUAUUGUUUCUGAUGGCGAGAUCCCUUCCCUGGUGGAAGCGGCUAGGUUUCUGGACAUGAUUGAUGCUGUGAGAUUGCUGACUUCUGAGGAAACUUUAGCAGAUCCAGUCGAGGUACAACAAUCACCGGUAGAACCAUCUUGCUCUGACACCCCGCAAAGCCCAGCGGAGAACGUUGCCCGGGUUCCUGGUGGCAGCCAGUGCACCCUCUGCAGCCGGACUUUCUGCUACAGAAAGUCCUUGGAGAAUCAUUUGGUUCGGGGCCACUGCCGGGAUGGUCGCACUGAAGAGAGGCGGAAGGAUCCAGAAUCUCUCACCACCGCCUCCCCGCCAGCUGCCAGGAGGUCUGCCCGGAAGAGGAAGUGUCCGGCCAAGUUCGACCGGGGAUGCGACGAGAGUACAGCCGGCAUGCCAGACAAGAGCAUCCCCGGAAAAACCAUUGCCAAGGAGCUGCCUAUCCUGGCAGAAGAGGAAGAGGAGCAGGCAGAGCAGGAGAAAGAUGAGGAUGAGGAGGACGAGCCAUUUGGACAGGGGGAGGAAGUUGACAGGAAGAGCUUGCUGGACGGUGACGACAGGCUGUAUGAGGAGAAUUCAGACGAGAUGCAGGAGCAGCACAAUGACGUUGACGGGGAUGAGCACAGUGCUGGUGCUGAAGGCCUUGAUCAGUCCUACCCUGAGGGUCUGGCUCCCGUCAUCAUCCAGAGCUCCAGCAGGAAAAUCCUCAAGUGCCCCAAAUGUGACAAGACAUUUGACCGAGCAGGGAAGUAUGAGAGUCACACCCGUGUCCACACAGGAGAGAAACCAUUCCAGUGUGACAUUUGCAACCAGUGUUAUUCCACUAAGUCAAACCUCACUGUGCACAGAAAGAAGCACAAUAGCGAAACACCCUUUCAGAAGAAGGAGCACAAAUGUCCAUUUUGCAAUAAACUACAUGCCAGCAGGAAGACCUUGGCAAAGCAUGUCAGAAGAUUCCAUCCUGACCACAUUCAAGAAUUCCUUUCCAUCAAGAAGAGGAAGAGUGAAGGAUGGAAAUGUGAUAUCUGCCACAAGUCCUUUACCCGGCGGCCACACUUGGAAGAGCACAUGAUCCUUCACUCGCAGGCCCGGCCCUUCAAGUGCGCUUACUGUGACGACUACUUCAAGUCCAGAUUCGCAAGACUUAAGCACCAUGAGAAGUACCACUUAGGCCCGUUUCCUUGUGACAUAUGUGGCAGACAGUUUAACGACACCGGGAACAGGAAGCGGCACAUUGAAUGCACCCAUGGUGGAAAGAGAAAAUGGACCUGUUUCAUUUGUGGGAAGUCUGUGCGUGAAAGAACAACUCUGAGAGAACAUUUGAGAAUACACAGUGGGGAAAAGCCCCACCUUUGCAGUAUCUGUGGUCAGAGUUUCAGACAUGGGAGCUCUUACAGACUUCACCUCCGAGUGCAUCAUGAUGACAAGCGCUAUGAGUGUGAAGAAUGUGGGAAAACCUUCAUUCGACAUGAUCAUCUGACCAAACACAAGAAAAUACACUCUGGAGAGAAAGCUCAUCAGUGUGAAGAGUGUGGCAAAUGCUUCAGGCGCCAUGACCACCUGACGGUUCAUUAUAGAAGUGUUCACCUUGGAGAAAAAGUGUGGCAAAAGUACAAAGCAGCAGUGCAUCAGUGCGAGGUCUGCAAGAAGGAAUUCAAAGGAAAGUCGAGUUUGGAGAUGCACUUCAGGACACAUUCAGGGGAGAAACCGUACAGAUGCCACGUUUGCAACCAGACGUUCCGAAUCAAGAAGACGUUAACGAAGCAUAUGGUGAUACACUCGGACGCCCGACCCUUCAACUGCCCGCAGUGCAGUGCUACCUUCAAGAGGAAGGACAAGCUGAAGUACCAUAUGGACCACGUCCACACAACACGACCUGGAGAAGCCCCCACCACCGGCCCCGCCCAUGACAAGAUGGUCCCCAUCCCCAUUUCCUUUGAUGGCAAGGUGUACCAGUCUGAGCCCAAGACCAUCCUCCAGAACGUUUCUGCGGAUGUGUGUGUGCCCGUCACGCUGUGUGUGCCCGUCCAGAUGCCGGAAGUUUCCAGCCAGGUGGAGCUGGUGAGGCAGGCCGCUCCUCUGUCUGCCCAACCGCAGGGGAUGAUUUCGCCUCAGUCCCAGGGGCCACAGGCCGGGGGAUACCAGCCUGCCGCGGACCUGGUGUUUCUGGAGAAGUACACCCUCACCCCUCAGCCGGCCAACAUAGUGCAUCCCGUUCGGCCCGACCAGAUGUUGGAUCCCAGGGAUCAGUCGUACCUGGGCACUUUACUUGGGCUGGACACUGCUGCCCCCGUGCAAAAUAUUUCAGACCCAGACCAUGCUCACUGACCGUCGCAUUUAUACUGUUUUGUUUUUGUUUUAUUUUAUUUGUACAUUUUCCCAAAAAAAUAUUUUUAAAGAUUUUUUUCUUACCUUGUGGCAACUGCAUAAAACUGUGGGUUGGGCAAUGGUUGUCUGGGGGUGCUGAGUUGUCUUUCAUCUUAGGAUUGGCAAAUCAGAGGUAAUUACUACGCACUCACUUGGCAAGCGCAAGUGGUAGUGUUUGGGGGAGGAGCUUGAAGGUUAAAGGUUAGAUAUGUCUUGCAAGAUUGUACUCUGAUGGCCAAAUAACUUAUGGAUUUCUACAAUGAGUUACCCAAAUUGUGCAUAUUGGGCCUGAUUUGUAACCAAUAAACUAAAUAAAUGAACGUAUAA